AUGGUCAACUCACUGCUGUUCGGGGAGAUGGCCUUGGCCUUCGGCUGCCCGCCGGGGGGCGGCGGCUGCGCAGGCGGCGGCGGCGGUGGCGGGGCCGGGCCGGGCCCCUCGCCCGUAACGGCGGCGCUGCGGGACGACCUGGGCUCCAACAUCCACCUCCUCAAGGGGCUCAACGUGCGCUUCCGCUGCUUCUUGGCCAAGGUGCACGAGCUGGAACGGCGCAACCGGCUCCUGGAGAAGCAGCUGGAGCAGCAGCAGAGCGAGCGCGACCGGCGGCUGCGCUACAAGACCUUCUCCCGCGAGCAGGCCGUGCAGACCGGGCCCGAGCUGCUGAGGCCGCCGGCUGCGGGCGGCGGGCAGGCCCUCGGCGCGGCCACCGGCGUCAACGCCAACGCCGUGGCCCUGGGCGGCCUGCCUCCCGGCGGCGGCUCGCACCCGCAGCACUACGGCCGCCUGCCCGGGACCAUCUGGAGCUACACGCAGGUGCGGCGCACAGGCGGCGGCGGCGUGGAGACGGUGCAGGGCCCCGGCGUGUCCUGGGUGCACCCGGACGGCGUGGGCGUGCAGAUCGACACCAUCACGCCGGAGAUCCGCGCUCUCUACAACGUGCUGGCCAAGGUGAAGCGCGAACGUGACGAGUACAAACGGAGAUGGGAGGAAGAGCUGGCCAAAUGUAUGAACCUUCAGACCAUGGUGGACACGCUGCAGGAGGCAGCGCAGGAAGCUGAGGCCAUCCAGGAGGAGAUGAACGAGAAGAUUGAACGGCUCAAGGCUGAGCUGGUGGUGUUCAAAGGGCUCAUGAGUGACCCCAUGACAGACCUGGACACAAAGAUCCAAGAAAAGGCUAUGAAGGUGGACAUGGACAUCUGCCGCCGAAUCGAUAUCACGGCUAAGCUGUGCGAUGUGGCACAGCAGCGGAACUCGGAAGACGUGUCCAAGAUCUUCCAGGUGGUUCCUAAGAAGAAAGACCGCAAGGUGGCUUCGGACGAUGACAACUCCGAGCAGGAUGGGGAGGUGAAUCGGUUCUCAGACGAGGAGGUCAGCUCCAUGAACAUCACGGAUGAGAUGAAGCGCAUGUUUAACCAGCUGCGGGAGACCUUUGAUUUUGAUGACGACUGUGACAGCCUGACAUGGGAAGAAAAUGAAGACACAUUGCUGCUUUGGGAAGAUUUUACUAACUGUAACCCAACCAUCGACCUGCAGGGAGAGCAGGAGGAAAACUUGGGUAAUUUGAUCCAUGAGACUGAAUCCUUCUUCAAGACGAGAGACAAGGAGUACCAGGAGACAAUAGGCCAGAUUGAGCUGGAGCUGGCCACAGCCAAGAGCGACAUGAACCGACACCUGCAUGAGUACAUGGAGAUGUGCAGCAUGAAGCGAGGCCUGGACGUGCAGAUGGAGACGUGCCGCAGGCUCAUCAAAGGCUCCGCAGACAGGAAUUCACCCUCCCCCAGCUCUGUGGCCAGCAGUGACUCAGGAAGUACAGAUGAGAUCCAGGACGACCUGGAACGGGAGGCGGAUGUGGAACCCAUGGUCAGCUGAUGAUGGAGGCCCUGCGUACCUGGUGGUCUUGGUGGUGGGGCCCAGCCUCCUCUCCCCACCGAGCCACGAGGGCUCCUCGAAUUGGGCUCCAGUCCUGGCCACAGAGACUUCUGUCCUCCCUCCUCUGGAGGCCCAGCGGGACCGCUGCUUCCUUCCUCCCUUCACCGCCCACCACCCACCCACGGAAUGGUGCUGUCGAUUUUCUAUUGUUCUCCACAUCACAAAUGCAGACUUUUGUGCGAUGAUGCAGUGCAAUUGUGCCUUCUCCCUUAAGCUGAGCCACUUUGAGCUCCAAAGAAUUCUUCCUAGCAGGUGUUUUUUUAUACAAAACUCUAAGGUGAGGGUGGGGCCUGGGGUGUGGGUAUCUUUUGGUUUUCUCCCUCCCACCUGCUCCUCUGAUUGGCCAUGAACUUUGCCCUCCCUCUGUCUGUCCUGGCCCUGACUAGAAGUUAAGUCCCCCCCAAGUUAAGUGGCCACUUGGGGGUGGGGGGGAUUGCCUUCCUGGGGAAGGAGGCUAUUUACCUCCUCACCUGGCUGAGGAAGACUCCUCAGUUCUUUCUCACCCACUGAAAGUGAGAGAGGUGGAUGGAAUGGAGGGAGGGAAGACCAAAAAAAAAUUUUUUUUUCUUCUUUUGGAUCUAGUGGCGAUGUGUUUGAGGCAAGGCACCGUGGGGAAAGGUAGAGCCUCACUGUGUUUAAACUAUGCAAAAAAACAAAACAAACAAAAAACAAAACAAAAAAAACUAAAACUAAAAGCAGCUUGCCUUAUAUCAUUGGGGAAGGCAGGUCCUCUCUCAGACUCCUGGGGACUGGGAGGGAGGCCAAGGUUAGCAUGAUACCCUCAUAGCCUCUGAGGGUGAGCGGUGGAUUUGGGAGUGUUCCCAUUCAGAUCGCUGGUGAGGCCUGCAUUCUGGAAGCUGGCCCACCAGACUGUUGGCUUUCCUGGGGACCUCUGUGGGGUGGGGUGGGUGGGGUGGUGGUCUUUUAUUCUCCUGAUGACUUGAUGUUCUUUCCUGCCUCUCCAGUCACCUGCCAGGUUCCACAGUUGUAAUUUCUCUGUGAGAAAGUAUGAAAGGGGCCAGGCCUGAUACCCACUCCGUCCGACAUGGCGCCAUCUUGGUCCUCCAUUGACCCUCUGGCUGGAAAAAAAAAGUUUUGUGAGGGAAGAGGAGGCAGGUGGUGAGGCUGCUGGCAGGCUGGCGGUCGUGGGAGAAAAGCCCUAGGUUAGGGCCGUCCUUGUUCAGACAUAGGCUUUUCCAUACCCACUUGGCUGGACUCUUGGGGCGUCACUUUGAGCCAGUGUCUCCCCAAGGCUCCAGUGGGCCUGAGUUAAGGGGUCAUAAGAUAGACCAUCCAUCUAGUCUCAGCUGGGAGCUCACCUAGCAAUCAGGCUUAAUUUUAAUUUUAUUUUACUUGCUCUUAUUUUUGUGGUUUUGAUGGCCUCUGUUGUUUUCAUUGACCCAGCAGCUCCCUCUGGAGGUCAAAGGAACAAAGUAUACCCAGGGAUCAGAACCCAUGGCCCUCUGAGGCCUGUGUGUUGAAGGGCAGGGGACUCUGAGUAGUGGUACUCUGAUUGUCCUCUGCAUCCUUUUAUCUCUCUCUCUGUGAGUGGCCCCAUCUGUUUUGCAUUUAGAACCAGUGUAUAUAAUAGGCAUAUGUAUGUAUAGAGAAGAGAAGUGAAUGUGUUUGUUGGCGACUUCUUAAUGUAAUUUAUCAGAAUCUGGUGGCCUUUCUUGUAUGUUUCCCAUUGUGUGGGAAGGGGCAUCCCAUUGGUCCCUGUGCAGCCUGGCUGCAAGGGUUCCCUUAUCAUCUCUUGAUGGCCAAACAGUCCCUUCUGGCAGGUACUUGGAGGGACAAUGGUUUGGGAAGAGAUACAGCCCGUUCCCUCACCUGGCCCCCCUUUCUCACCAACCCUUCUUUUAAAGGUUACAGGGUUCAUUUGCUCCUUGUUAUUAUUAUUAUUAUUAUUAUGUGUUAUUGAUAUUAUUGUUUUGUUUUUAUUUUAACCAAAGGGUAUCAGCGCCAAAUGGGCCUGGACCUUAGCUGCUGUAAAGAUUUCCGUUUCCAUGAGGGCAGGAUGAUGGCUGCCCCCAUGGGCCUCCUUAGCUGAGGCAGUGGAAGGUAUCUGUCCAGUGGUAGAGUCUAGGGGAUGGGCAGGCAGAGUAGAAGCUGGCCCUUAAUUGUUCAUCAGGUGGUGGUGGGGUGACACAUAUCUCUAGAGUUAAGACAGUAAGCAACAGUAUAAACAUUUGGGGUGAUGAAGGUUACCCUCGAAGUUGGUGUCCUGUGGUGUUAUUUUUGCUUUCCCAACUGUAUACAUAGGUCAUUUGUCUAGGGCGUAUGAGAAAGGCAGGCUCCAGGAGGUUCCUUCCUGUUGGUUUUCAAAGUCUGCUUUCUCCUGGGGAGUGAGGUGCUGAGGCAGGAGGAUGAGGGGAGAAGAGCAAGGCUGUGGUGGGCGUGCCUCCUGGGCUGGUUCUGGGGUCUGGGCCUGGCCUUCUUUUUUUGUUUUGAUUUUUGUUUUUAGUUCAUUGCCAGUGGGCCCUGCUUGUCCCUUCACUGUGAGCCCACAGCUUGCCAAGAAAGACCCCACCACUCUCUGGGGCAGUGCCUGCCCAGCCUGGAUGACCUUGUCCAUCCUUGUAAACUUGUACAUACUUCCUUUUGAGUUUUCUAUUUCUGAGCCCGGUGUCAUAUUGACACUGGAGUUUCAGGGCUUCUCCGAUGGGCUCUCCAUGUUGCCCUUGGUCACGCUCCUAGUUUGGGGGUCAUAGACACAGGCACAGCAGGGAGACAGCAUCCUUUCAGGUCCCUGGUUGGUUGCGAAAUACACACACACACACACACACACACACGCACACACCCCUCACACUCCUCUAAGACUCCAAAUGAGAAAGAUGGGGAAGGAGUUUUAUCUCCUGUGGUAGUGUGUCUGGACUGGACUGUGUUCUGGGGUAGAGCUCAGAUGACUAUGGAGACUCAAGCCACGUUGACUUUGGGGUGGGGGGAGAAGGGGGGUGUUCUAAUGGAUAAGGUGUAACUUAAGCUAAAUGUAUUCUAUUUAUAAAGCAAGAGACUCUAUUUUUAUGAAAGGAAAAGGUUUUUAAUCUAGGGUAGGUAGUCGUGGUGGCCCAGCAUUUUGCCGUGGAUGAGAUGCCACUGUCCUUGUUGACUGUGCUCCUCUCCUCACCUUGCCUUCUGUCUUCACUGGGCAUCUGCAGACAGCUGGGGUGGCAGUGACCCCCUUCUUUCCUCAGCCCUCCUCAGCCCCUUGGAAGGGAGCUGUGGGACAGUGGGGGGAGGGAGGGGCAGGUGGACUGCAGGAGAGGUCCCUCAGAGGUAGGCUCUGGCAAGACCUGCCCCCUCUCAGCUGUGUGGAGAGAGUAGGGAAGCGCUGUGGGUGGGGUUGGGCCUUACUGUGUCUGAAGUUGUCAGGCAGCUGGAACAGGCACAGCAGGGACCUAGGAUGCGUAGAGCUCGGUCCUGUCUGUGUCUACUCCAGGCCAAGGUUGAGCUUGCAGCCUCUGCUCCCCGGAUGAAGGACCAGGGCACUGGAGGAUUUCCUCAGACCUGGGUCCUCCCUCUGGGACCCCAUGCUUGGCUUUCGAAGGGCAAUCACCUAGAGGGGAUGUGGAGAGGGGUCUGAGCAAAGCCCCUCUCUGAGAGGGGAUUUUUCCAUGAGUGAAGAUUUCCAGGCUCAGCAUGGGCUGCGUGUGAGUCUUAGGCAAACUCCUCACCUUUCCAGCCCCCUCCCAAGCUCUCAAAGAAAAGUGGUGAAUUCCCCACAAUGACCCCUUUAUGCACACUGUAGCAUCUACCUGGUUUUUAGUCCCAUCCUAUCCCACGGUUGCUGUGUCUGUCAGCUGGGUCUAACAAUCACUGGGAGGGGUUUGUACUCACUAAAAGACUAUUGACCCUACCAGAAAACCAACCUGUUUACUGUACUGUUGUAAAUACUGUGCCCUUUAUAUCCUGUAUAUUGGCUUCUUUUAAAUAAAGUAAAAUGUCUUAGAA